CCUGCCAUCGCAGCCGGACCUUCCCCAUACCCUCGCCAUGAAGGGCCCCCUCCUCGGAGGCAUGUUCUCCCGGCAUGUCAAGCGGCACCCCGGACUCAUUCCCCUCAUUGGCUUCAUCAGUGUCGGCCUGGGCAGCGCUGUCCUGUACUUGCUGAGGCUGGCCCUGUACAGCCCGGACGUCAGCUCAGUGGCCCACAGGCCCUGCAGCCCCACGCUGUCUAAUGCCUAUCUAAUAUUUGUUUGCUCCCGCUGGGAUCGAAAAAAUAAUCCUGAGCCCUGGAAUAAGCUGAGCCCCACGGACCAGUAUAAAUUUCUGGCAGUUUCCACUGACUACAAGAGCCUCAAGAAGGACCGUCCCAGUUUCUGAGUUGCCCCAGGGAUGCACUGCUGUGCUGGGGCAGGGAAGAGCAUGCCCACCCCCUGGCAGCACGGCUGCAACCCUCCCCAGCCCUCCUGGCUCCAUGACCGGUCACUGCGCACACAAGCCUGACUGCUUCCUCAGCACCCCCAAAUCAUGGGGCUGCACCCCCCACAAUAAACUACAUUACUCUGGGAGCGAU